AUGGCCUGGAGAAGCUCCGGUGCAACGAACAAGGACCUCGUCGAGAAUAUGUGGCGGCACGGUCUCAUCAAAGAUCAACGGGUCAAAGAUGCUUUCCUUAAGGUCGACCGCGCACAUUACGCCCCCGUCGCGCCCUACGAAGAUUCGCCCCAGUCCAUCGGCCACCGGGCCACCAUAUCCGCGCCGCACAUGCAUGCCACCGCCGCCGAGUCUCUCCUCCCUUACAUUGUCCCCUCCGCGACGAGGCCCGCCCCGCGCGUGCUCGACAUCGGAUCCGGGUCAGGAUACCUUACACACCUUCUCGCCGAGCUCGUUGGGACCAAGGGCCUUGUCGUCGGGUUGGAACAUAUAAAGGCGUUGAGAGAUCUCGGUGAGAACAACAUGGGGAAGAGCGCAGAAGGAAAGACGCUGCUGGACGGGGGAAAGGUGAGGUUCCGCGUCGGAGACGGCAGGAAGGGAUGGGUAGAGGCGCCGAGGGAGGGAGAGGAGGGAGCGGGAACCGGAUGGGAUGCGAUCCAUGUUGGGGCCGCCGCGGUGGAGCUCCACCAGGAGCUGGUAGAUCAGCUCCGGGCCCCGGGGAGGAUGUUCAUCCCCGUCGAGGAUGACAACGGGUACGACCAGUACGUCUGGGCCAUUGACAAGAAGGAGGACGGGUCGGUCGUCAAGGAGAAGCUGUUUGGCGUUCGCUAUGUGCCUCUGACGGAUGCGCCGAAGACUUGA